ACAAAAAUAUCUUCUCCUCGCCUUGAAAAAAAAAAGAAAAGAAAAGAAAGAGAUCUCAUUUUCCGAUCUUCGACCUCGAUCGGUGUAACAGUUCUUGUGAGAGGAGGAAGAAGAUCGAACUAGGGUUUCUUUCACGGAGAAGAGGGGAUUUAGGGUUCUCGAGAGAAGAUGAGGGAGAUCAUAAGCAUUCAUAUCGGACAAGCCGGUAUUCAGGUCGGAAAUUCAUGUUGGGAGCUUUACUGUCUCGAACAUGGAAUUCAGCCCGAUGGAAUGAUGCCCAGUGACACUUCAGUGGGUGUUGCGCACGAUGCUUUCAACACAUUCUUCAGCGAGACCGGAGCUGGCAAACAUGUUCCAAGGGCAGUUUUCGUUGACCUCGAGCCAACUGUCAUCGAUGAAGUCAGGACUGGAGCGUACCGACAACUUUUCCACCCAGAGCAGCUUAUUUCAGGGAAAGAAGAUGCUGCAAACAACUUUGCAAGAGGGCAUUAUACCGUUGGGAAGGAAAUUGUUGACCUUUGCCUUGACCGUGUGAGAAAGCUAGCCGAUAACUGUACCGGCUUACAAGGGUUUCUUGUGUUCAAUGCUGUUGGCGGUGGAACUGGUUCUGGGUUGGGGUCUUUGCUGUUGGAACGCUUGUCUGUGGACUAUGGAAAGAAGUCAAAACUCGGAUUCACAAUCUAUCCUUCUCCUCAGGUCUCUACAGCUGUUGUAGAGCCUUACAACAGUGUUCUGUCGACACAUUCCCUCCUUGAACACACCGAUGUGGCUGUCCUCUUGGAUAAUGAAGCCAUCUAUGAUAUUUGCCGGAGAUCCCUUGAUAUCGAGAGGCCGACCUACACAAACUUGAACAGGUUGAUAUCUCAGAUCAUAUCAUCCUUGACAACAUCGUUGAGGUUUGACGGAGCCAUCAAUGUGGAUAUUACGGAGUUCCAGACCAACCUUGUCCCGUACCCACGUAUCCAUUUCAUGUUGUCAUCUUAUGCGCCAGUUAUCUCGGCUGCGAAAGCAUAUCACGAACAGUUAUCAGUCCCGGAAAUCACUAAUGCCGUGUUUGAGCCGGCUAGUAUGAUGGCCAAGUGUGAUCCAAGGCAUGGAAAAUACAUGGCUUGUUGUUUGAUGUAUCGUGGUGACGUCGUCCCUAAAGACGUUAACGCCGCCGUUGGCACCAUCAAGACAAAGAGGACUGUCCAGUUUGUUGACUGGUGCCCGACUGGGUUCAAGUGCGGAAUCAAUUACCAGCCUCCAACCGUCGUCCCGGGAGGUGACCUUGCUAAGGUGCAGAGAGCUGUAUGCAUGAUAAGCAACAACACUGCAGUGGCUGAGGUGUUUUCUCGGAUUGAUCACAAGUUCGAUCUCAUGUACGCCAAGAGAGCAUUCGUGCAUUGGUACGUGGGCGAGGGAAUGGAGGAAGGUGAAUUCUCGGAGGCGCGGGAAGAUCUCGCUGCCCUGGAGAAAGAUUACGAAGAAGUCGGGGCUGAAGGCGGGGACGAUGAAGACGAGGGUGAAGAGUACUGAUAUCUUCACACAAACGGAGUACGUGAGCUUUCGUUUUGAGACGCUUUUGAAUCUUUUUUUCUUUUCUUUCUUUUUUUUGGAUUAAAUGCUUCAAUGUGUUCUUUGAAAUCCUGUACAAUUUGCUCUGGAAAUUGUCUAUGAUAUCCAUUUGGCUGUUUACGAAUCUGCAAAUAGUGUUCUUUAAUCUCGUGGUGUCUUUUGCAAGUUGAUAAUAAAAUGUCAAUCUCGUA